CUCUGUUUCCAUGGUAAUGGCUUAAACCAUAUUUUAUUUAAGGGAGUACUCAUAUCAGGAAAUGCUCGAACGAAGCACAAGUUCAAAAACAUCCAAGAAAGUGAAAAGAAGCAACGAAAGGAGACUUCGCUCUACGAAUAUGUUUGUCUACAUUUCUCUUCUUGUUUUUUGCGCACUACAACUUUUUGUGGUGCCUCGUCCGUCAUUUGCGUAUGAGUACCUCAAAUGUCCAAAGAACUGGUUGAAACGUGGCUGCAGGGUCAAUUUUCAUCGCGAUUUGAUUCCCAUUUUCGACGACAGAAAACCUGACGCUAAAGUCAAAAUAGACUGGGACGAUUUCUCCGGCUACAUUGAGGACCUGACCUGUCGAUGUUGCAGUGAAGCCAUCAAACUAAAAUACACGUGGUUCGCCCUAGAGAAUUAUGGGGUAUGUCUGAGCGGGACAGGUCCAUUGCAAAACUACUCAGCAACGCAUCCUCUCGAUCCAGAAAAUAGGUGCGUUGGAGUUCUAAAACUAAACGCUAGUUUAGUCAGCGAUAUCGAUGGAGAACUCUGUGUUGGCGGACAGUAUCGAGCGUAUUUCUACGAUAUAAAAAAUUCACACAUUGGUGGUAUUGAUCCAGGCCCGAUAAAGGAAGUCACGGUCGCACCCCCUCUCAAAUGUUCCUACGUCUCAGACGUCAUCCUACUGGUAGACGUGUCCGGCAGCGUCGGCAAAGGCAACUUCAAGCUCGUACAGGAAUUCCUCAAGAAGUUCAUUACUCGCUACGACUUUUCGUCCAAAGGGAAAUCAAGACUAGGCAUCGCUCGCUUCGACGAGAAGUGCUAUAUAGACCUGACAUGGUUAGACAGUGAUGGGAUAUCUGCUGAUCGGAUUAGAGAAAUCAUCAAUGAUAUGGAGUAUACCGCAGGAUCAACACUCACCGACAACGCCCUGAAGUGUUUGAAAGACAAAAUCAUCACGCCCUUUCAGCGAGAUGGCGUCCCUAAGACUGUGGUGGUUCUUACAGAUGGAAACAGUUGGAAUGGCUUUGAAAGGCUUCCUGUACCUUCUAGGGAACUAAGGGACAUGGGAUGCACAAUGGUUGCUAUUGGUAUUGGUGAUGAUGUUGAUCCAAAUGAACUAAAAAUCAUCACUGGGAGUUCCAAACAAGUCUUUCUCUUGGCGUCCUUUAGAAACCUCAUCGAUCAUGCAGCUGCAAUUCUUAACAGUUUGAUCGCGAAGGUCUGCAGAAAGAACACCAUAUAGGCGUCACUGGAUUGCCUUUCAGUCUCAUUUGCAGACUCAUGCAGUGCUAGAGAACCUUGCAAUCUGUUUACACGUAAAAAAUAAAACAAAGACAAUAAACUGAAAGUUGAAAUGUUAAAAGAGCACUCUUAAAUACCUUUGUUCAAACCAUUUUGGAAUAUAAACUUUUAUUUUUCUGAGUAUAGAACCAGGGAUCUAAUUA